GGCACUGCAAUGGCCGCGGAGGAAUAAAUACCAGAUGGUAAUUUUCUUCGUUAUCGGCGCGGUCACACUGCUAAUAUCAAGAUGGCGUAAAUUUGUAAAAAAUCGUCGAAAUCUAUGUGAAAUAGCCAGGAAAAUUGAAACGAAAGCGCAGCGUUCAUGCAAAACGUAAGUGUCGAAUUAGAAGAAGGAAAAGCAGCGACGCCAGCAGAGGAAGUGGGCAAAGCGGUAUAAGAAAUAAGGAAAAUAAGGAAAACUAGCCAAGCACCCAUCACAAACAAAGCCAUAAGCGACUGCCUUGAAACAAAUCGGAACAAGAAGAAGAGAGGAGCUCAGACGAAAGGACAGCGCCAGAAAGGCAACGCAGAUCCGAGGAAACUCCGUUCUACCACACAGAAACCCACAAAUACAGUCGUCCAAAAAUGGAGCUGCGCGUGGGUAACAAAUACCGCCUGGGCCGUAAGAUAGGAUCGGGAUCGUUCGGCGACAUCUACCUGGGAACCACGAUCAACACUGGCGAGGAGGUGGCCAUCAAGCUGGAGUGCAUCCGCACCAAGCACCCCCAGCUGCACAUCGAGUCGAAGUUCUACAAGACGAUGCAGGGCGGCAUAGGUAUACCCCGCAUAAUCUGGUGCGGCAGCGAGGGCGACUACAAUGUGAUGGUGAUGGAGCUACUCGGACCCUCGCUGGAGGACCUCUUCAACUUUUGUUCGCGCCGCUUUUCGUUGAAGACGGUUCUGCUGCUGGCGGACCAGAUGAUCUCCCGCAUCGAUUACAUACACUCGCGGGACUUCAUCCAUCGCGACAUUAAGCCGGAUAACUUCCUCAUGGGUCUUGGCAAGAAGGGCAACCUGGUGUACAUCAUUGACUUUGGGCUGGCCAAGAAGUUCCGGGAUGCCCGGUCGCUGAAGCACAUUCCCUAUCGGGAAAACAAGAACCUCACGGGCACUGCCCGCUAUGCCUCCAUCAACACACAUUUGGGCAUUGAGCAAUCGCGUCGCGACGACCUGGAAUCUCUUGGCUAUGUCCUCAUGUACUUCAAUCUGGGAGCCUUGCCCUGGCAGGGCCUAAAGGCAGCCAACAAGAGGCAAAAGUACGAGAGGAUCUCCGAGAAGAAGCUGUCCACUUCGAUUGUGGUGCUGUGCAAGGGCUUCCCCAGCGAGUUCGUCAACUAUCUGAACUUCUGUCGCCAGAUGCAUUUCGACCAGCGUCCAGAUUACUGCCACCUGCGCAAGCUCUUCCGGAACCUGUUCCACCGAUUGGGCUUCACUUAUGACUAUGUGUUUGACUGGAACCUGCUUAAGUUUGGCGGACCACGGAAUCCUCAGGCCAUUCAGCAGGCGCAGGACGGCGCGGACGGUCAGGCGGGACAUGAUGCCGUGGCCGCAGCAGCGGCAGUGGCAGCAGCGGCAGCCGCCUCCUCGCAUCAACAGCAGCAGCACAAGGUCAAUGCGGCGCUUGGCGGCGGAGGGGGCAGUGCAGCGCAACAGCAACUCCAGGGCGGCCAAACGCUGGCGAUGCUGGGCGGCAAUGGAGGCGGAAACGGCAGCCAACUGAUCGGCGGCAACGGACUCAACAUGGACGACUCGAUGGCGGCCACCAACUCGUCGAGACCGCCCUACGACACGCCGGAGCGUCGGCCCUCGAUACGGAUGCGCCAGGGAGGCGGAGCAGGCGGCGGUGGAGUGGGUGUGGGCGGUAUGCAGAGCGGCGGAGGGGGCGGUGGCGUGGGGAACGCCAAAUAAUAUUUUAUCGUUUAGGUUGCGACGCUGGACACGACACAGUAGACAAACAACAGCAGAACUCAGCAGAACUAUACAUGUAGAAUAUAUAGUUAUAUAUACCUAAUAUAUAUAAUACUUGCUUUAUAUAUGCGGUAAAAUACGUUGAAUGUAUCCAAACGGCAGGAUGACCAGGUCCCUGCCAGAAACGGAGGACAAGAGCAGUGAGAGAAGAGGAGCAGAGCAUAGCAAGCAAAGCGCAGCGCUUUCCUUCUUUUUUUGUGUAAAUUUUCGUUUGUUUUUUGACAUUUUGGUUUCUGCUCCCAGAUGUUAGAACGUUGGGCGCGCUUAUUAUUAAUUAACUAGCCUAUGAUUAAUUUAAUUUAUACUAUUAGAACAUAAACGAUUGCAACCUGGCUGCAAGAAACUGCAACAAACCGCACUGUUCAAUUGAUUUGAGAUCCCCGAUCCCUGAAGAUCGGCCUAUAGAUCGGUGGUUAAUUAAGGGUCCGCGCGUUUGGGAGGAGGGUCAGGACACGCAGGCAUUUAAUUCUGUUUUGCAUUUGACUAUUGCUCUUGGCCGGCUCAGUUUUUUCUUUGUUAAUUUGAAGUCCCAGACCAAAUCAAGCAGAACAUUCAGAAGCGAUCAUGAAACACAUAACUCGAUUGUAAGUGUAAUAUUUGUGUAAAAGAAACAAAGGACACCGCGUUCAGCGAGUGUCCCUAACCCUAGACUAUAGGCUCUAGCGAUAGCGAAUCCAAUCCAUACACAAGCAUAUGCUAUACAGCAAAGCACCCACAUUGUAACCUAAGUUGACGAUUUCGGGGCGCAAUUAGACGAUGAUAAUGAUUGCGAUGAUCAAGUGCAGUAGAGGGGACGUUCUCUAGCUUUAAGCAACGCUCUGACUUAUAAGGCCCCUCCUAUGUUAUCUUAUGUAUCUUUCUGUACCGCCUACUGUCCCCGCAUUAUUCACCUAUAUAUAUAUACUUUCGCUGCCUGUGUUCAUAUAUAUCUUUCCGAUUUUUAAACACUAGUGCGCGCAUUUCUCAAGCGGUAGGGAAAUGGGAUGUGAGAGUUAGGAGUUGGGAGUUGGGGCAGCCCUUUUGUUUACGCAACAAAAUCAUGUAACUAAGAUAGAGAGCAUAUAAAUUGCGUUAGACAUACACAAAACAAUUGCAUUAACAUUUCGACUUAACAAAAGAAGUAAUGCCCCUUCAGAGGUAAAGUUACACAACGCUAGCUAAUAAAUUGUAGCUAUAAUAUGAAAUUUGUUUAUAAGUAAUACCAAACCAUAAAAUAAAAAAGAAAAAUGCAAAAAAAAAACUUAAAUUCUAAAUGCGCCAAGAGAUAAUGGGUAAAAAUAUGAAUAUAUAUAUAUUAAUACAAACUAUAUCUUAUGAGAACACGUAAACAUGUAAAACCCCACAGCGAUUGGCUGGCAGUCUAAGAACUAACAAAUCAAAGAAAUACAAAACACGAGAUCGGAUCACUAAACGCGGGAGCCACUAAAAACUUAAAUAAAAGUACAUUACGUGAUAUUUCUUACAAA